AAAACAAAAAAAAAUUCCGAGACAUACAUAGCCAGAGGAGGAAAUCAAUCGAUAGUGGGCAUGGAUGCGGCGGGGAUGAUCAUCGGCGGCGGCGGGCGGCGGAGGCUGACGAGGGUGAGGACGCUCGGGCGCGGGGCGUCGGGGGCCGUGGUGUCGCUGUUCGCGGCGGGGGACGACGAGCUGCUCGCCGUGAAGUCGGCGGCGGGGCCGGCGGGGGCGGCGCAGCUGCGGCGGGAGGCGGGCAUCCUCGCCUCGCUCUGCUCGCCGCACGUGCUCCCCUGCUUCGGGUUCGGCGCCGUCGCCGGCGGGGAGUACGGGCUGCUUCUCGAGUUCGCCCCCGGUGGGUCGCUCGCCGACGAGGUUGCGAGGAAUGGGGGCCGCCUCGAGGAGGACGAUGUCCGGGCUUACGCGGCGGAUGUCGCGAGCGGGCUCGCGUACCUCCAUGGGGUGGGCAUGGUGCAUGGGGAUGUGAAGGGGAGGAACGUGGUGAUCGGCGCCAACGGGCGCGCCAAGCUCGCGGACUUCGGGUGCGCGAGGCGCGCCGACUCGGCUGGGCCGAUCGGCGGCACGCCGGCGUUCAUGGCGCCGGAGGUGGCGCGCGGGGAGGAGCAGGGGCCGGCGGCCGACGUCUGGGCGCUGGGCUGCACCGUCAUCGAGAUGGCCACCGGCCGCGCCCCCUGGAGCGGCGUGGACGACGUGGUCGCCGCCGUGCGCCUGAUCGGGUUCACCGACGCCGUGCCGGAGCCCCCCGAGUGGCUGUCGCCGGAGGCGAACGACUUCCUGGACAAGUGCCUCAGGCGCCGCGCCGGCGAGCGGUGGACAGCCGCGCAGCUGCUGGAGCAUCCGUUCUUGGCGCUCGCCGGAUGCCGCGCCGUGGCCGCCGAGGAGACGAAGCCCAAGUGGGUCUCUCCCAAGAGCACGCUGGAUGCCGCAUUUUGGGAGUCGGACGCCGACGACGAGGACGACGACAUGCCGGAGAGCUGGGCCGAGAGGAUCAUGGCGCUGGCCGUCCCCUGCUCUGCCGUGCCGGAUUGGGAAUCAGACGAUGGCUGGAUCGACGUCAUGAGCAGCCAAUCCGAACUUCCCAUCGCGGCGGCUGAAACGCCGGCCGAGCAGACGCGCAGCGAAGUUUCUGAAUCGCCGGUGGCUUCGCCGGCUUUGGAGACGACGAGCUACGCGAGUGCUUGGGAUGAAAGAUCGGAAGCUGUAAUGGAUGCUGACGUGGACGAUGACGAUGAUGAGCUCGUGCACAAUGUACGAACUGUUGAUACCUUUGUGGAUGAACAGCUCCGCCAAGAUAUUUAUUUAGAUUUUACUACUAGUGACCCAAUUGUACUUCAUGUUGAUGUUUCUGAUGAAAGAAAAGUAAAAUUAUUGCCUCCAAUUCCUGACUGCCUCUGUUCCUCCCCUUCUCUUUCUUUUUUCGAUUUUAUUCACUCAAAUCUGAUAACACUACAAACUCAAACUACAAAUCUGAAACUUCAAACCUCCAAAAAUGUGAAAUCGAGGGCAGCGGCAUCAGCAUUAAUUCUUCAGAACGAUGGAACGUAGACCUAAACCUCUGAAUUUUCAGAACCAGUGAUAACCAUUUCAGUUACUGC